AUGCUGAAGGUGGCAGCCUUCAUGUGCGUGUGUGCAGCAGCUUGGUACAGCCAGGGUCUAGCAGCAGCGGCGGCGGCGGCGGCAGCCGGGGGCAGGUCGGACCCCGGCAAUUUUCUGGAUGAUAAACAAUGGCUCACUACCGUCUCCCAGUAUGACAAGGAGGUCGGACAGUGGAACAAAUUCCGAGACGAAGUAGAGGAUGAUUAUUUCCGCACAUGGAGUCCAGGUAAACCAUUUGAUCAAGCUUUAGACCCUGCUAAAGAUCCAUGCCUAAAGAUGAAAUGUAGUCGCCAUAAGGUAUGCAUUGCUCAAGACCAACAGACUGCUAUUUGCAUUAGUCAUCGGAGACUUACACACAGUAUGAAAGAGGCUGGUUUAGGCCAUAAACAACCGAGAGGUGGUCCCAUUUCAUCAAACUGCAAGCAGUGUCCAGUAGUUUAUACCAAUCCUGUUUGUGGAUCAGAUGGUCAUACAUAUUCUUCUCAGUGCAAACUAGAAUAUCAAGCAUGUGUCUCAGGAAAACAGAUUUCUGUGAAGUGUGAAGGACGUUGCCCUUGCCCUUCAGAUAAUCCCACAAGUAUAGGCAAAAAUGGUCAGAGGGUGUGCAGUGACCUGGAAUUCAGGGAGGUUGCAAACAGACUGAGAGACUGGUUCAAGGCACUUCAUGAAAGUGGAAUCCAAAACAAGAAGACUAGAAUUGUACAAAGGCCUGAAAGAAGUAGAUUUGAUACCAGCAUUUUGCCAAUUUGCAAGGACUCCCUUGGCUGGAUGUUUAACAGACUUGAUACGAACUAUGACCUGCUGUUAGACCAGUCAGAGCUUGGAAGCAUUUACCUUGACAAGAAUGAACAGUGCACCAAGGCAUUCUUCAAUUCUUGUGACACGUACAAGGACAGUUUGAUAUCUAACAAUGAGUGGUGCUACUGCUUCCAGAGACAGCAAGACCCACCUUGCCAGACAGAGCUCAGCAACAUUCAGAAGCAGCAAGGAGGAAAGAAGCUCCUAGGGCAGUACAUCCCAUUAUGUGAUGAAGAUGGGUAUUACAAACCAAGUCAAUGCCAUGGAAGUGCAGGGCAGUGCUGGUGUGUUGACAGAUAUGGUAAUGAGGUAACAGGUUCCAGAACAAAUGGUGCUGCAGACUGUGCUAUUGAUUUAGAGAUCUCAGGCGAUUUUGCCAGUGGUGAUUUUCAUGAAUGGACAGAUGAUGAGGAUGAUGAAGACGAUAUAAUGAAUGAUGAAGAUGAAAUUGAUGAUGAGGAUGAUGAUGAGGAUGAAGGCGAUGAUGAUGUGGAUGAUGACGAUCAUGAUGGAUACAUUUGA